AUAGGAUUGCAGCUAGAAGAGGAGCAAGAUUGUUCGAACCACACGUUUUAGCACUGUCGUAUCCCGUGGGCGGCCCAUGAAAAUUGAAUGCAUUGUAGCGCUUAAUCGAAAUUCACGCUUGCGACUGCUUUCCAGCAAUAUAAAAGGAGGUAGCAGCUCUACCACAUUCAGUUAGAAGACGACCGUCAAAGGAGCACUUCUACUACAUCACGAAGGCAGAAAUCCAUACAAAAAGGGCUACUGUGACUAUGCAUAACGGGUGUCUCCUGCUUCUUGCCUUUGUCGCAGUAUUCCAGCCGAUUGCUUCGUACACUGAGCGCGGCCUCGUUAAUGGAAGGCAGGAACGCUGUGACUAUCGGACAUCGGUGCGCGACCCGGAACUCGACUUUCAUGGAACUUACCGCUUUAACAAACCUGCCUUGGAAGAUCGCCACCUAAACCAGAGGGACGAUAUUCGGAAGCUCCGCCGUAAUGAAGUGAAGGAAGAAACUAUUCGCAUCGCUUCAUCUUCAGACAGGCGGCUUGCUGAUACCGUGGAAAGGGAGAGGUUUACGUUGAAGAGGCUUUCUAGCGAUCGCAUCGAUAACGACGCUGCCCUGCGCCGCGAAAUUCGUAAAACACGUGCCGUUUCCAGUCACCGUGGCGAACAGAAGCAAGUCAUCCGACGUGAGCGCCUUUCAACAGCGCAGGAAUCCCACCAAGCUCGCGUCUCUGGCCGCCGAGAGAACAGCAGAUUGUCUGUAGAUGAAAACCGUUCUCAAAGAAGCGAUAACAAGCGCUUUAAUGAAAGGGCUUCAGUGGCAUCUCGACGAGAUACCCGAGAAAAUAGAAUCAAUGCAGACAUGCAACGAGUUCGAGAACAUCCAGAGGUACGUUCUGAUACCACCCGAGCGAGAGAUAAUGGAGCAAGCAAUCUGAUAGAACGUCGUAUUGCGAGAGAGGCUGUUCAAAAGAUGGACACACGGCGUUCUGUGUCCAGAAUUCAACAGGACCGCAGUGCGGACCGUGAAAUUCUUAACCGACGUUCCAACAGGGAAAUAAGAAGCUUGUCAACCUCGGGCGACAGGGUAAAUCGAGCUAGUGCCAAUGAGGGGUCGCGAUUCGUCAUCGAACAAAGGCAGCGUGAUUCUCAAAUCCGACUAACAUUUGAACGAAGAAAUAUCCGAGAUUCUGCCAGCCGCAGAGUUCUAGAUGAUCGUAUCUCAGAAAAUCGCAGAAACGCUCAACGAGGCCAAUCUGCCGACACUCGAAGAGAAGCCCGAGAUACCGAAAAUGAAGCUAGACCGGCGAGAGCAGUACGAGCCGUCGAUGAUCGUGUUAUCCAAAAGGAUCUUAGUGGGUCCAGGAUAUUUAAGCGUGAAAUCACUGCAGAAAACCGAAGAAAUGCUCGAAGCAUGGCAGCGUCACUAGAACGAAGCGCAGAAUAUCGAAAGGACUCCAGAGGAGAAUUUUCAAAGCGAGUUUUAGAAAACCGAAUUGACAAUCGUAAUAUUGAAACAGAACCUCGACAAAGUAUUCAUAAGAAUAUUCGUGCAGCGGAAACACGAAAGGCCAUCCGAAAUGCCGCAAGGGAUUUCCGUGUAUUUGAGUUAAAUGCCAAACCUACGUUGCCUGUAGAAACCUGCGUUUACGAUCGAGAACAGCCGAGUGAACACCGAAUGGCUCGAAUAAUGACAAGGGAGCGAUCACAGGAAAAUCGACGACUUGAUCGCAAUGUUCGAUCCCAAAAUAUCAGACCUGAACGCGUUGACGAAGACGGACAAAAAGCUCGUAACGUUGAAAUUCGCGCUUUUAGAACUGAGCGAUUUGACGAGAGCAGGCAGGACGCUCGAAAUAUUGAGGUCCGAGCUUUCAGAAAUGAACGCGCUGUUAGAAGCCAGCGAGAUUCUCGCUCUGUUGGACCACGAUCAUCCAGAACUGAACGCUCUGAAAUCAGGAGUGAGCGAACUGACGAAAGUCGUCAUGAUGAUCGCACUAUUGAAGUCCGAGCCUCACGGAGAGAACGCGCUGAAGAAAGUCGGAGAGAAGCACGCAGCAUUGGAAACCGAUCAUUCAGGACUGAGCAAAGCCGACGAGAUGCUCGAAAUGUUAUUUCCCAACUAUUCAGAGACGAACGAACUGACGAAAGUCGUCGACAUACUAAUUUUGAACUGCGAGCAUUAAGGAGAGAACGCACUGACGGAAACCGACGUGAUGCCCGCAUUCUUGGAGCACGUUCAUUCAGGUCUGAGCGCAUGGACGAAAGUCGACGAGAUGCUCGUGAAGUUGGAAUACGAUUCAGAUCUGAGCGCACUGAAGGAGACCUAAGAAAUACCCGAAGCGCUGACAUUCGAGCAGAUGCUCGAAGUAAUGGAGUCCUUGUAUUUAGGACUGAACGAACUGAUAAUGGCCGUCGAGAUGGUCGAAAUAUUGAAAAUGUACGAGCAAUUGAAAGAGCUACUCAUCGUCGUGACACUCAGGGUAUUGAAAGGCAAUUUCGUUCACUUGACCGUGUCACUGAUUCCCGUCGGGAUAGUCAAAAUAAUAACAGGAAUGCUCGCAUCCAAGAAAGGACACUUGAAAGCCGCCGCAUGGUUCGAAAUAUUGUAUCUCGAACAGAAGAUGAACGAGCUAAUAACCGAAGAGCUACUCGUAGCCUAGAAAGAGACAUUCGAUCAAUGGGACGUCAGAAGUCUAUGGAAAGCCGUUUGAACCGAGAUUUUAGAACACUCACGCUGGAUCGCCGAUCAGAAGAAACAAGGCGUGGAUCUGAUCGUGCGAUUGAACGUCUCGACAAACGCGACUCGCUCGAAAGCAGGCUCAUUUUCACCUUUCAGCGAGACUCGCGGAAGAACACUCAAAUGGCUCUUGAUAAAGACAACCUUGCAAGCCGACAUAUGGAAGCUGAAUCUCGAAAUAGCUUCGAGACAGAGUUUGCCAGAAAGCGAGAAUUCCAGGGCAUGUUUAUGAAUCCCGCCCAAACCGAGAAUGAGACAACUAUGAUGAAUUGGCAGUACAUUAUCUACACACUGCAAGGACUUUACAUUUGUGGGCUGCUGAUUCAGUUGAACAAUGGGAGCGUCGAAAAGAAAACCAGAGUAUCUUGGUGGCCGGCGCCUCAGCAUCUCAUCAAAGUGGAUUGAAUCACAACUCAAGAAUAUAUUUAGUAGUAGUAGAGGAUAGUAUGGCUAAAUGUAUGUAGUUCU